AUAUUUUUUUAUUGAAAUUCCACCACCGACGCUUAUCUCUGCUUGUUUUUGAUCAUUUCGUGUGUACACACAUCUACGAUGAUCUGAUAUUUUGCAGUGCAUGGACAGGGCUUUACUAUGUGCGCAGCCAGACCCCGCCUGCUCACUGCGCGUCACUGGUGAGUAGUGUGAACGCGGAGUCAUUCCCUUGCCUACUUUUAAUAGCUUUGUCAUGUGAUGGAAAGCAGUAGUAAGACAGGUGCCCUCGGUUCAUUCUCGGCGAGGGGCAGCAGUUGCCUGUGUGAGAGCGAGUGGGAAGCGUGUGUGGAUUUCUUUUUUACUUGAUUUCUUUCUUUUUUUUCUUUUUUCUUUUCUUUUUUUUUCUUUUUCUUUUUUCCGGACCGUCAUUCAGUGGCUGGAUGGCGUGGGACAGGUGUAACCAGGACUCGGUGUGGAGAGAACUAGAGUGUGCUGCCUUGGUUGGUGAAGACCAGCCCCUCUGCCCAGACCUCCCUGAACUUGACCUCUCAGAGCUGGAUGUCAGUGACUUAGAUGCAGACAGCUUCCUGGGUGGACUCAAAUGGUACAGUGACCAAUCUGAGAUCAUUUCCACUCAGUAUGGCAAUGAUGGAUCCAAUCUUUUUGAGAAGAUAGAUGAAGAAAAUGAGGCCAACUUGCUGGCAGUGCUUACGGAGACCCUGGACAGCAUCCCCGUGGAUGAGGACGGAUUGCCUUCGUUUGAGGCCCUGGCAGAUGGGGACGUGACCAAUGCCAGUGACCGGAGCUGUUCUUCCUCCCCAGACGGCUCACCACGCACCCCAGAGCCUGAGGAGCCCUCCCUGCUGAAGAAGCUCCUUCUGGCACCCGCAAACUCCCAGCUCAGCUAUAAUCAAUACACAGGUGGCAAGGCACAGAACCAUGCAGCCAGCAGCAACCACCGGAUCAGACCACCACCUGCUGUCGUCAAGACGGAGAGCCCCUGGAAUGGCAAAACAAAAGGGGGCUCUAGCCAACAGAACCGCCCAGUGAGGCGGCCUUGCACUGAGCUGCUGAAAUACCUGACAGCCACUGAUGACAUCCUGCUCCACACCAAAGCCAGUGAAGCCAAGAGCACGUGGGGUGGUGCCAAUAGCAGGGACAAAAGUGGCCUGGGUCUUGGCGCCUCUUCCUCCUCCUCUUCGCCAUCCUCGUCUUCCACAUCCUCAUUCUCCUCCUUCUCCUCCACCUCCUCCUCCUCUUCCUCCACCACCUCCAAGAAGAAGUCGGCUGUGCCAUCUCAACAGCAGCAGCAGCAGCAGCCGCCGCCGCCACAGCAGCAUCACCAGCCAGCCAAACCAACCACCUUGCCACUUCCUUUGACCCCAGAGUCUCCAAAUGACCACAAGGGAUCACCGUUUGAGAACAAAACCACUGAACGCACAUUAAGUGUGGAGAUUACUGGAACCCCAGGUCUGACACCACCUACCACGCCCCCACACAAAGCCAGUCAAGAGAAUCCUUUCAAAGCAUCGCUCAAAACCAAGUUAUCUUCAUGUUCCUCCUUGGCUUUGGCAUGCAAAAGAGCCAGGCUGAGCGAGUUGGGCCACGGCACUCUGGCCCUGGCCCCAGGUGCCUUAGGCGGUGUCCCCACCAGAAAGGGUCCUGAACAGACUGAGCUUUAUGCCCAGCUGAGCAAAGCGUCCACUGCCCUCCCUUACUCUGCCACCCAACACACUGUGGGGGGCGGCCUUGAGGAGCAUCGCAGCACUAGCAACAAUAAGCGGGCUGCGUGCCGUGGCUACAGUGACCAUGACUAUUGCCAGGCAUCAGCUAGCGCUAAGAAGGACGGCAGCACAGCCACUGUUACUGUGACUACAGCAUCAGAAAUUAUGAUCACCCCAGGUGCCACUGCUGUGCCCAUACCUGUUGCAGGCACAGUGGAGGACAGGCAUGUCGGAUGUAUGGACUCAGCCAUGCCACCAUCCUCCUCAUCAUCUUCAUCUUUGUGCUCUCCAUCAUCAGCUUCAUCUGGUCCUUUGGCUAAACAGCAGGACUUUGCCUCUGUGGAUGGAGACGCUGUCCGGGUCCAGGGGUUAGCGAAGCAAAACCUUACACAAACCACCCAGAUCCCCUCACAAGAUGUCACUACUGACAGGAACCAACAGCAUUAUUAUUCCACCAGCUGGAAGCUCCUCUGCGACCAGGAGAUCAGAGCAGAGCUCAAUAAGCACUUUGGCCACCCCUUACAAGCCCUCUAUAGCCAGGGUGGUCAGGAGAGAGAACCAGGAAGAAAACCAAACAAAGCUGCAGCCCCUCAGUCCCUUGAGGAGGUAGAGAAUGACUACUACUCCCAGAGGCCGCCUGGCUCCAGCUAUCUGCAUCCAGGGUUCCUGCCACUCCAUGGUGAGCUGGAGCUGGGCGAGGGCCGUGAGAGUUGCUUCUUCUGUCCUUGGGAGGGCACCCCUCUGGACCUACUCUUUGACUGCCCCCCCUGCUCUCCCUCCUGUUCUCCACCAUCCAGCUGCUCCCCUUCACGAGGCUCCGUGUCCCCACCUUCCUCACUCCUCCUCUCGCCCAGCAGGCCUUUCUGCUGGACUAGCAGCAGGUCCCGCUCUCGUUCUUGUUCUCAUUCUGACUCUCGCAGCUUCUCGUCGCACUGCCGGAGGCGCUCCCUCUCCAGUUCACCUGACAGACGUCCCUCCUCCUGGUCUCAUCACAACACGGAUUCCAGCACUUUUCAUUCCAGGACUCACAAAAGCCCCCACCCUCAGUUUCGAUCUCCUCUCAGCUGCAGGCCAAGGUAUGACAGCUAUGAGGAGUACCAGCAUGAGAGGCUGAAGAGGGAGGAGCACCGCCGGGAGUUUGAAAGGGCCGAGCAGAGAGAGAGGCAAAGGCAGAAAGCAAUACAGGAGGAGAGACGGGUGGUGUACGUGGGGCGACUGAGGUCUGAUUGCACCUGGCCUGAGUUGAAGUGCCGCUUUGAAGUCUUUGGCGAAAUUGAAGAAUGUGCAGUGAGCUCGAGAGACGACGGGGACAAUUUCGGCUUCAUCACAUACCGCUACACUUGUGACGCCUUUGCCGCCCUUGAGAACGGACACACCUUACACAGGUCAAACGAGCCUCAGUUCGAGCUGUGCUUUGGCGGACAAAAGCAGUUCUGCAAAUCACAUUACACAGACUUGGACUCCCAUUCGGAUGACUUUGAUCCAGCCUCCACAAAAAGCAAGUAUGACUCCAUGGAUUUUGACAGCUUGCUGAUGGAGGCCCAGCGCAGCCUGAGAAGGUAACCAGUGUCAGUGGCACCUGCCAUCUGAUGCAAAGAGGGACUUCUGAUACCUCACUGAUGUUUCUCGCUCCUUUGACGACGAGACUACCAGAAGUUUUACACUCUCUCAGAGAGUAUAUAAAAAUAACUGUAGAUAUAGAGACAUAGACCUAUAUCAAUAUAAAUGAUUAUAUAUCAAAAAUAAAAGUUUACAUUAACAUAGCUGCUGAAGAGCUGGGAAAAGACAUUGCAUUCUGGGAAAGCCAGUGAACCCUCAGAACCUGGUGCACUCUUCUGCUGUACAACCAUCAAUGAAAGAAAGGAAAAAAAAACUUUACUAUUUUGUUUUCUAGAAGCACUACAAUGCCCACAAUUCUUUGGGGGUGAAAACAUGCGGCUUGUUCAGCCAGAUUUUCUUUUUGUCCUGUUGAUUUUUCAGUCUUUUAAAUCUAGUGUUUGGACUUUGUGUUACAUACAGUACAAGUAACAUACCUCCCUAAACAAGUAUAGGGAUGUAAAAUUCUCAAGAUAUCAUUGUUGUCUACAUUUUAAGGAGAAAUGUAGCUGUGUAUUUACAGAUACUAUAAAAAAGAAUAUUUUUAUUUUAUGUACAUAUCAGAUAAAAUUCUUUAUUUGUUACAGCUAUGCACUGUAAAAUGCAGCCUUUUUUAAAAAUGAGGAGAACAGUUCUUAAUUCAGAAUGUUGAUCUGUAGUAAUUACAAUAAUGUAAAACAUAUUGUACACCAACAUGAUGUUUAGAAGACAUUAUAUGAUUGUAAAAAAAAAAAGAAAAAAGAUGCAUCAGAUUGCUCAUUUUGAGGGAGCACGCAAACAAACGUCCUUUUUUAAGUUAUUUUGUUGUGGGGGGAAAAAACAGUCAACCAUGUAUAGUUUUCUCUGUUUAUAAAGUUUCUCAAUCAGCAUUUUUGCUUAUACAACCAGUGUAAAAUGUGUUUUUAAUGUGUUUUUCAUGAUUGUGGAAAAAAGGCACACCAGUUUUUAUUAAUUAUUUCUGAAUUGCAGGACUGUUUAAAUGGACUAAGAUCAUGUGUAUAUACACACACACACACACACACACACACACACUUGGUUUGGUUUCAUUGGCCUGGUUGUUGUUUUGAUUACCUUCAGUGAGAAAGAACACUGCAUUCAAAUCUUUUCAAUCAGUACAAAGACAUAUUUAUCUAUUUAUUUUGAUAUUUGAAUCAAGAAUAUUUAUGGGCUCCAUUCUUACUCGGCGUACCUCAUAAAAUGUAUGUGCUAUUUAUGUUGUCGUUCAAUUUGUGUUAUUUAACUUGCAAUCACUAGACAGGGUGUACAAUAAAUGGUUUGGUGGGAAUAAUAUUACCUUCUAUGCCUUUCGAAACAAUCAGAACAUUGAGCUAAUCACUCCAGCGGUCAGCCCCUCUUUUUUUUUUAGUGCUUGCCGUCGCUCACGUCCGCAGCACUUCGCUGGGUUUUUCUUUCCACACAGAAGAACAUGAAGCAAUAAAAUGAUUUUGCAGGAAUUUUGUUGUACCACUGAAAACACUUGUCAUCGCUCCACUCACGCUUGAUUAUGUGAAUGCCAAACUGAAGUUCACACUUUCCUUUUCCUGAAAUUUUUAAAGCUCUUGU